UUUUUAUUAUUUAUUAUUUAUACUAAAAAGGGCAAAUUGUGGGAACCCUUUAUGAACUAGAGAUUUUGCACUUUGAAGUCUGUCUAGGGUUUCGAUGGAGAGUUAUUUGAGGGAACACUUCGAAUUGCCGCCGAAGAAUCCAUCGGUAGAGGCGCAACGAAGGUGGCGCUCCGCCGUUGGCCAGAUCGUCAAGAACCGGCGACGACGUUUCCGGCAUGUUCCCGACCUUGACAAGCGCUCUGAGGUUGAGGCCAAGAAGCGCAAGAUCCAGGAGAAAAUUAGAGUGGCUCUAUAUGUUCAAAAGGCUGCCCUUACCUUCAUUGAGGCUGUAGCUAAGAAGGAUUACAAGCUUCCAAAAGAGGCAAAAGAUGCUGGAUUUGACAUUGGUGCCGAUGAAUUGGCAUCAAUAGUUAGUGGCCAUGAUAUCAAGAGCUUGAAAUUUCAUGGAGGUGUUGAAGGUAUUUCAAGGAAAGUUUCUGUUUCAGUUGAUGAUGGGGUAAAUUCCAGUGAUUUAUCUAUAAGACAGAAUAUUUUUGGUGUCAACCGGUACAUUGAGAAGCCCUCCAGAAGUUUUUGGAUGUUUGUCUGGGAUGCGUUACAAGACCUGACUUUGAUCAUUCUUAUGGUUUGUGCUGCAAUUUCUGUAGUGGUGGGACUUUCCACUGAAGGAUGGCCAAAGGGUAUGUAUGAUGGACUCGGCAUCAUACUGAGUAUUUUAUUAGUUGUCGGUGUAACUGCUGUAAGUGACUAUAAACAGUCACUACAAUUUAAGGCUUUAGAUGCAGAAAAGAAAAAGAUAUUUAUUCAGGUGACCAGAGAUGGCUGUAGACAGAAGGUCUCCAUCUAUGAUUUGGUAGUUGGUGAUGUUGUUCAUCUGUCGAUAGGAGAUCAAGUUCCAGCAGAUGGUCUUUUUAUAUCUGGUUAUUCUUUCUUGAUUGAUGAAUCAAGCUUGUCUGGUGAAAGUGAGCCUGUUUAUAUUUCUGAAGAGAAGCCCUUUCUUUUGGCUGGGACCAAAGUGCAGGAUGGUUCCGCUAAAAUGUUGGUGAUCUCUGUGGGCAUGAGGACAGAAUGGGGGCGAUUAAUGGAGACUUUGAGCCAGGGGGGAGAGGAUGAAACACCUUUGCAGGUUAAACUAAAUGGUGUAGCAACUAUUAUUGGAAAGAUUGGUUUGGCAUUUGCAACAUUAACAUUUCUAGUCCUUUUGGUUAGAUUCUUGAUUGAUAAGGCUGUAAGUGUUGGGCUGCUGACAUGGCAUCCAGAUGAUGCCCUGACAAUACUGAAUUAUUUUGCCAUUGCCGUGACUAUAAUUGUUGUUGCAGUUCCUGAAGGGCUGCCUCUGGCUGUGACUUUGAGUUUGGCCUUUGCAAUGAAAAAGCUUAUGGAUGAUAAGGCACUUGUUAGGCACUUGUCAGCAUGUGAGACAAUGGGGUCAGCAAGUUGCAUUUGCAGUGAUAAAACUGGAACUUUGACAACUAACCACAUGGUAGUUGAUAAGUAUUGGAUAUGUGACGUAUCUAAAUCAUGCAAGGGUGAUGGGACUGCUGAUGAACUCAAGUCUUUAGUGUCCGAGAAGGUUUUAAGCAUUCUUCUUCAGUGCAUCUUUCAGAAUACUGGCUCUGAGGUUGUAAGGGGAAAAGAUGGUAAAAACACGAUAUUGGGGUCACCUACUGAAACAGCUGUUUUGGAAUUUGGACUGCACUUGGAAGGUGUUGACGCCCAACGGCAACAUCAUGAUUGCAGAAAACUAAAGGUUGAACCUUUCAAUUCAGUUAAGAAGAAGAUGUCUGUGUUGGUAUCAGUAUGUGGUGGGGGUGUUCGCGCUUUCUGUAAGGGUGCAUCUGAAAUCAUCUUGCAGAUGUGUGACAAGAUGAUUGAUAGCGAUGGAAAUACUGUUCCAUUGUCAGAAGAAAAGACAAAGGAUAUCAUGAAUGUUAUUAAUAAUUUUGCCUGUGAAGCUCUAAGAACACUUUGCCUAGCCUUUAAGGAUAUGGAUGGCUCUUACAAUGCAGAUGGCAUCCCUAUUGAUGGUUAUACACUAAUAGCUGUCAUUGGUAUCAAAGAUCCAGUUCGCCCUGGAGUCAAGGAGGCAGUGCAAACAUGUAUUGCUGCGGGUAUUACUGUACGAAUGGUGACUGGAGACAAUAUCAAUACUGCUAAAGCCAUAGCUAAAGAGUGUGGCAUAUUUACUGAUGAUGGGUUAGCUAUGGAAGGUUCAGAGUUUAGAAGCAAGAGUCCUGAAGAGAUGAAGACUUUAAUACCAAAGCUUCAGGUACUGGCUCGAUCCUUACCCUUGGAUAAGCACACAUUAGUGACAAACUUGAGGAAGACGCUGGAUGAAGUGGUUGCAGUUACCGGUGAUGGAACUAAUGAUGCUCCUGCACUGCAUGAAGCAGAUAUUGGUCUAGCAAUGGGCAUUGCUGGCACAGAGGUUGCGAAGGAGAAUGCUGAUGUCAUUGUCAUGGAUGACAACUUCUCUACAAUUAUUAAUGUAGCCAAAUGGGGCCGUGCAGUUUACAUUAACAUUCAGAAGUUUGUGCAAUUUCAGCUUACUGUUAAUGUUGUUGCCUUGAUGGUCAAUUUUGUGUCAGCAUGUAUCACUGGGAGUGCUCCUCUUACUGCUGUUCAGUUACUUUGGGUUAACAUGAUUAUGGAUACCCUUGGUGCUUUGGCAUUAGCGACCGAGCCUCCAAAUGAUGAAAUGAUGAAGAGACCCCCCAUUAGCAAGGGUCAACAUUUUAUCACAAGGACUAUGUGGAAGAAUAUCAUGGGCCAAAGUAUAUAUCAGCUGGCUGUGCUUGGAGUUCUCUUGUUUGAUGGGAAGCAGCUUCUGAAGCUUACCGGUCCGGAUGCAGAUGCUGUUCUCAAUACAUUCAUAUUCAAUACUUUCGUGUUUUGUCAGGUAUUCAACGAAAUUAAUAGCCGGGAUAUGGAGAAGAUCAAUGUCUUCCGUGGAAUAUUUAGCAGCUGGAUCUUCGCUGUCGUCUUAGUUGCCACUGCUGCGUUCCAAGUAGUAAUAGUGGAAUUCCUCGGCGCUUUUGCAAGCACAGUCCCAUUGAACUGGCAUUUGUGGUUACUAACCAUCCUCAUCGGCGCAAUCAGCAUGAUUAUAGCAGUUAUUUUGAAGUGCAUUCCUGCUGAGAAGCCCAAGUUUUCAGCUCAUGAUGCCAACGGCUAUGAACCACUCCCCGAAGGCCCAGAAAUGGUGUAGAAAUAAGUCAUUGCACAACCUCUUCCCUAUUACUAAUUUUUAGAUACAACUUCAUCUGGCUAUUUGAAUCAUAGAAUUGUAUAGUUUGCUGCAUCUCAUAUCAUUCACCACUUAGCCUUAGUUUUCUGCAACUUGUAUUUAACUGCAAGUUAUUCUAGCAACUCGAAACUGCAAACAUCUCUUCCUCCCAACUCUGCAUCGAGGAGUUUGAUACUUUGAUCAUCUGUUGAGCAUAUGUGGUUCAAACCGUAGCUUUGUCGUAUUUAAAUUGCGAAAUAAACCGUCUCCAGAAAUUGGAUUGACAGAUACAUGUUUCGGAUCAAGUAAUAAAUUAUUUUUGCAUGCUAAGUUAUUUGCUCAAGUCAA